AUGUAUUCUGAAAAUGCACGAGCAUAUUGUGAUCUGUAUAAACAUGGAGUUGAAAUGAAACCUGAAUUCCAGUAUAUGGAUAACUCAUUUGAUGUACCGGUAGACGAAAGAAAAUAUUAUGGAGGUUUUGAAAAAUAUGACUAUUGCCCAGUACUUGAUAGUGAUAGUAUCUAUUCACAAAAUAUUGUUAAACGGUCAUCAAAUCGUCUUAAUUUGAAAAUCACACCAAUUUAUGAUAGGAAGGUUGAAAUGAGUAUGGCGUUUUCAAAAAUCAAAAGAGCAGUUGAGGAUUCUAUCAAAUUCUGGGAGAAAGCUCUAAUUGUUGAGGUGAAAAAACCUGAAAAUGUACUUGUUCAGAGAACAUGUGAACUGGGUUCAAUGGUUACGAGUUCAUCUGAAAACAUAUUACACUGUAGAAGAGACAGUUGUAAACAAACGGAAACAUGUUAUAACACAGUAAUUCCUACUAAAUAUUUAUCAGCAUGUCACGUUCGAAAAUAUGCUAAGACUGAAAAGGUGUAUUCUGAAGGAGAAGGAAUAGCUCCGAAUGAAUUUGUAUUACUUGUGAGUAUGAAUAAUGUAUCGUGUGGCGCUGGUGUACUUGGUUGGGCUUCAUAUUGUAGUCGAGAUCCAGAUACUUCGAGGCCUAAUUUAGGUAUAGUAAAUUACUGUUUAACGGAGGAUAGUAUUAUCAAAGGCGAUCAAAACAAGCUAGAAGAAGUUACAAAACAUGAAAUAUGUCAUGCAUUGGGAUUCAUUCCGAGUAUUUACGCUUACUUACCAGAUUUAAGUCCUCAGUAUCGAAUGCCUGGUAGAAACUUAAGACCUGUACAGAAUGUAACAAUGAGAUGGUUAUCAGCUGCAGGUGAAUUUCCAGUAACUAGACAUAUACUUAGACUGCCAAAUAUGCUUAAUGCAGCGGUUAUGGAAAAAGAUGAAACAAACCACCGCCCAUAA